AUGCGGUCUUUUUUUGCAACCCCACACCAAGUUGUACCCACGUUCACAUGGCCGAAAGCUCGUCGCCAAGGGCUGCAGUUGGGAGAUACCCGGUCGGAUAUUCGCACAUUCAUAGACCAAGCAUUGCGAGACCACGACAGUACGUCGGAACCAAUAGCAAUAAAGCUGAUCUUGCCCAAGGCAAAUGGUUAUGUGGCACAGUCCGAUAUUAUCCAAACGCGAUUCUACGGCUGUGGCCAUGUCGAGUCCGUGACUGGCUUUCUCCAACCCGGUGAAUAUCUCGAAGCUUUUGCAGCACCUACGACAGGAAAGGGGACUGUGAUUUCAGAGCUAUACGGUCUGCUCACCGCGACUAUUGGAGCUGUUAGAAGCACUGCCCCCGACUCCAGUUCGCCCUGGCACAUCCUCAACAGCCUAGAGCACGAGCUUCAGAACCGCCUUGGUAUACAUUUUCUCAUGUCCGAGCCUGUCCGACGAAAGCGGGUCGGGCUUGUCCAGUGCCUAGAUUACCGCAUGUCACUGGAACUGCUACAACACCUGAAUAUUGAUCUCGUUGUCUUUGACGAGCCAGGAACAUAUGAUGGGUUUGUCCAGCGCCUAUACAUUGCAGCCCGAGAUUUACAUCUGGAUGGUCUCACAUCGAGAUUCGACACCAUAUUAGAAAAGGUAGCGCAAGUAGCCGAGCUUCUGAGCCUCCCUACUUCAUUGCCGUCGGCUUUGGCGAUUGCCACGGACAAGUACCUGACACGGAUUAGUGAACCUGAAAGCGACCAGAUGCAAGAUAAAAUAAUAUGUGUAAAGAACAGACAGGAGCUAGAGGAGCGGCUUAAGGAUCCGAUGAAGUGUUUGCGGGUCUUCUACCCUGUUGUUGUGAAACCCACGAACGGCUGGGGCAGCUAUGGUGUCGCUAAGGCUGUGAACGAGACAGAACUGCUCGAGGCUGUCGAGUGGGCAGCAGGCUCUAUCGUCGGCUUUGUCAACUCGGAAGUCAUGAUUGAGCCGUACUGCGACGGGCCCGGAAUCGACCUGAACAUCGCUCUGUGGGAUGGGGAGGUGACCUUCGCUGAGGUCUGUGACAAUGCACCGACUGCCGGAAACCUGGACGUGGUAACGGGCAGUGGUAAGAAAGACUUCCAAGAGGGCUUAUUUAUGUACCCGUCCAAACUGCCUAAGUCCGAACAAACCAUGAUCUGCCAAUACAUCCGCGAAUGCAUCUUACGCAUGGGCUUCCGCAGCGGGGUGUUCCACUGUGAGGCACGCGUACGAGACUCCUCUAUGCACUACGUGCAGAACAGUCAGAGCGCUAUCAUCGACUUGGAGCCAAACCCGGCUACAAUUGGCCGACGUGCCAGCGUUUUUCUUUUAGAAAUAAACGCACGAGCGCCAGGCUACGUCGGUUUAUAUGCUUCCGGCUGGACCUACGGCGUAGACUUUUGGGCUUUGCACAUACUUCAUUGCAUCGGGGACGAGGCCCGCUUUCGUGCUCUUUCUAGACCCUUCGCCAGUGGGGCCCAGCAUAACAGUGCCGUGCUGCUCAUCAUGCCGAAUAAUUGGGGAAUACUUAGAUCUCAUGAUCCCAGGCCGAGACUCCAACGGGAGCAGCCUGAGUUGGCUGCGGCCGUGCCCCUUUGUCUGAACUACUUCACUGCAGGGGAGGAGGUCACGCCACCGGACGACACUGAGAACUGCUUUACAUCAGUAUUGGUGGUGGAAUCGAAGACUGGAAGGGCUGACCUAAUGAAAUUGGUAGAGAAAGCCAGAGUUGAGUGGACACCAGUGAUUGAGUGA